CAUACAAAAGGAAGUAUUUAUUGACAUUUUUACAGAUCUGAUUAAUUCAAACCUUGGAACAAAUUACCUUCCUGAUGCAUGGAUGAACCUAACGCUUACAGAUUUACAUAAUCUGACAACUGCAUUCAGUAUGAACACAGAACUGAUUGACUGGCGCAGGUUCAUGUUAUCAGCAGCACAGCCUUGGCCAGUGCCAUCUGUGACACAACUUCUCAAAACUCUCCAUAACUUCAUGUCAGUUGAUGUAGCUGGAUCAGGCUUUGUUACACUGGAAUACUAUAAGCAGGUUGGCUUAUGGUUUAAUGGAAGUGAAGAUCUAAGCAUAACAAAAGAUUGCACAGAACAUUUACCUUUUGAUAGGUUAGGAAAUCUCUUAGAAUUUUUCUUCAGUUUAUUUGCUGAUAGUGGAAGAGUUCCUGCACUGCUCAACUAUUCUGAGAUGUUACUUUAUUUUGCUUCCCACUCUGAUCCUUCUGAAGGUGUUUACAGAGCACUUAGUGUAGCUACUAGAACAUAUAUUCACAGAAAAGAAGCGUCUCUUGUAUGUGAGACUUUUCCUUAUACUAACACAGAAGAAGAUGAAAAUGAACUCUUGAAUUAUAGAGGUGAAGGAGUAGUUUCACUGGCAACUCUGCUCAAAGUGUUUCGUGAUGGAGGAAGUAGGGAUGAAGAUAAUCAUAGAUUUAGUAGCCUGGAGACAGAAGGCAGUUAUGAUAAGCAUUUCAUAAAAAUAUACAAAGAAUUGGGCAAUGAAGAUCUGACACCUCUUCCAGUUGAACUCCUUUUGAAACACCCUUUCAUUCAAGAGUUGAUUAAGAAGUACCAAGGGUACAAACUUCAUGAUAUUAAAUUCUUCCUUCAAAGAGCUGAACAAGCACAGUCAACUGAUGAGAAAACCACAUGUAAAGACAGUGAUGUAUGAAAACCUGUGGUUCAUAAAAGAAUUUUUUUUUAAUUUAUGCAAGAAAUGAGUGCUAGAUCUCUACUCCUCCCCCCCACAGGAAAGAUUUAUUCAUUUAUUGCCACAAGAGUCAAAUCCUGAAGCACUUACACAUUUAGAUAUUCAAAAGUUAUUACUUCAAAUUAAAAAAAAAAGAAACAACAAACAACAACAAUAAAAACAUCAUUAUUUAUGAGUUUGUAUUAAACAACCUGAUAUAAGUAAGUUCUAAAUAAAAUAAAACUUGUUUCUGAAUUUAAGCAGAGAUGGUUCUGUUACUAAAAAAUGGUAGAAGAAUAAAAUACAUCAUAUUCUUGUAAGUGAGCU